UAUGAAGACAAAUUAAUAAACCGUUACAAGAAAAGCCUCUCGUUUUCUUCCAAGUUACAGUUUCCAUUUUUUUCCGAUUCUUUUUCUUCAACAGCUUUAUACUGGAAAAUGGAAAUACUACUAAUUUGAUAAUCUUAUUGCUUUCUAUUUAUUUUUCACACUUCACACACGCAUUUGAUACGCAUUGGCGUAUAACUUUGUAAAUACUACUAUUUCUGACCAAAACUGCAAAUUUCUUCUUUUUCUUCUUCAAGAGAAGAGAUUUGGGCUGGCUUGUUUCCUGUUCAUGCUCAAACUAUGUUCUAACCAUCCUCACAAUUCAGUUCAUUUGCUGCAGACCUUUAGAUUAUAGUGUUUCAUGUCUGGGAAUCCGAUGGGUGAUGAUGAUGAUGAUGCUUUGUCUGAGAUUUGUGCUCUAAAAGAUGCACUAUGUGAUCAGCAGGAGCUUCUGCAGAAGCUCUACAAUGAGUUGGAUGCAGAGAGGGAGGCCUCUGCCUCCGCUGCCAGCGAGGCGCUGGCUGUGAUCCUCCGGCUUCAGGGGGAGAAGGCGGCGGUGAAGAUGGAGGCCGAGCAUUACAAGAGGCUUGCGGAGGAGAAGAUAUGGCACGCUGAGGAAUCUCUAGCCAUGGUUGAAGAUGCAGUUUAUCAGAAGGAAAUGGAGGUGGCUGCUUUGGACUAUCUAGUGCAGGCUUAUAGGUAUAAGUUGUUGAGGAUUGGUUAUGUUGAUCACGGCUUCAAUGGGGAGACAAGCCGCAUGCCAUGUAGGGGGAAGACGGUUGAGGAAAUGUAUGUGGAUUCGGGGAAAAAGAUCGAUAGCUAUUGGGUGAAGAUUAGGAGGUUGAAUGAGAAGGUGAAGGAGAUUGCAGGAGGGAGGAGUGAGACACGGUCUCCCUCUUUGUCCUUGUCUUCUCGUGUGAGUAGAGGGAGUUUGUAUGAUCCCACCACGAAUGAGGGCAGUUUGUGUCAACCAAACAAGAUGAUGGAUGGUAGUGGUCAGGCUGAGAGUUCAGAUUGUGUUGCUGCUGCUGAUAAUUCUUGUUCAACGAGCACUCAUGACGUGUUUGAAGUUCCACAAGUUGAAGGGAGGUGUGAACUGAUGGAGAAAGAUGAAAUCAAGAAUUUUGAAAGAGAAAAUGUCGUUUUGCCAGAGGCUGUGAAGUUGUGUGCUAGAGACGAGCCCAAGUGGCUCAAUAUGAUGUUGCAGUCGAGCCAAGUGAGUGAUGUUGAGUGUCGUUUGGUUGUUGCACCGCCAGAAACAAGCACGGCUCAGUUUCAUAGGAUGCUGAGUAAAGUUGGUUUGAGAUCAGAGAUUGUUGAAGAUGACAGACCAGUAAAAUGUAGUACCACUAACAGAGACGAACUGAACUUGUUGAAUGAGAUAUCUGAAAAGGUGAAUUUGUUGCAUGAUGAUAUCAGGAGUUUAAAGGCAACAAAAGCAUUCUCUACUAGAGAAGAAGAAGAAGAAGAAGAAGAAGAGCCAUCCUUGGCUAUGGCUCUUCUAGCCGAGGAAAUGCUCUCCUUUUGGCUCUGACCUUGUGAUGGAAGUUGGGAUCUAUCUGCAGAUCUCAUUGAAGCGUUGAUUUUAGAUUUUUGUGGUUUGUAUUGUGGAUUUUGGUUGCAGCUGCAUAGUUCUUUUGUACAUAAUGUAUACAUAUAACAAGAAUGUCCUCUCUCUCAAUAUCUUGUAAUCAGGCAAGCAUAAGUGUUCUGAUUGUGCAGAUCAUAUGGAGAAAAGGCAUAAAACUGGAAAGUUUACUCAUGAAGCACUAGAAUUAUUAGCAACGAGGGAGGCACGUCCCAACUACAUAUCGCUCACCAGCUCCAUCUCCAUCUCCGGCAUGGACUUCCCUGAUAGGAACGACUUGAAUAGUGUCAGAGCUUGCUUCGGCUUAUGUAGGGAAACUUCAUGGCCGGCUCCUCUCACUGUCACGUAUGUCAGUCCCUCGUAUUCUUCUGUCCAUCCGCCUACCUGUUUGCCAAACACAGCGAAUAUUCAAGUUGAUCACUGACUGAUCAGAAUCAGAGGGGGGUGGUGAGGUGAAGAUAGAAAAGUUGACCUGGCCAUCAUCAUACCAAGCGUGCCACGGCCUAACUGUACGAAGCUUCAUAGCAUCUAUGUUGUAACGGGUUGAUGUCACCGGAAUCACAGCAUUUGUGUCACCACUGUCAAGGUGUGGAACAUUGUAUAAGAAUUACUCUUUUUUCAAGAAAUGGAAAGGCAUGUUGUAACUGAUACACAAAUAUUGUGAAAUGGAGGAUUAGGCCAAAGAAUGGAGUCAAUUUUGAACAAAGUUAUGAUCUGGCUGAUGAUGAACAAAGUUAUAAUCAAUGGUAUUGAACACAGCUAUAUAUAAACUAGGCUAUCUUCUACUUGAUGAAUUCAUAUCUGAUAUUUGUUCUAUUUCACAUAAAUAUGGAGAUUCAAAAGUAAAAUAGUUCCCUUUGUGCA